AGCUGAUCUUCUGUCACUGUGGUCUGCUGUCAGUGCCUUGGAGCUCCUGAGUCACUCCUCUUUCCCCCACAUGACAUAUACAGCAGCUUUGAAUCUUGUAGAACCGAAGCGUGAUCAGACAUCACUGACAUGCAAGAAACAUCUGAACAGUUUUACAGAACUGAGUACUUCCUGAUACGUUACAUAAGUUAGUUAUUAGAACCAGCAAACACAUUCAUAUCACCUGAGCUUCCACCAGCAAGCAGUGCCACAGUCAACGUGUCAGUACUCACAGGAUGAUCUCCCGAGAGACUGAAAUGAGUUGAAAUCUACUUUGAUCAGUUUCUAUCCUCACAUCCAUCUCCCUGCUUCUCCAGCAGCACGAUCUUUUAUUCAACAAUGAUAGUCCUCAGCAUGAAGACGUAUCUGGCGCUGCUAUGGGGAAUAUCUGUUUUGUUCUCUAUGGAGUCCAGGAGUGCUUCUAUCACAACUGCUGAACCCAACAACCAACAGACAACCAAGCAGCUGACCUCUUCACAUGUACUUCACAAUGAAACAGAGACGCAGCCCGCGACCUGGGAUCCAACUCACAGUCCUGCAGAAGUUAGUGUUGCUGCAGCAGCAGAGAUCACUUUGUCAGCCACAGUGGAAACUGAUGAGGCAGUCGUCAGCAGCAAAAUUGACACCUCAACGGCUGGUUUGGUUGCAACUACAAGCAGCUCAGGUCCAAAAUUGCUUCAUGGCUCCACAGAUGCUCCAGCUGUGACCACUGCUACAAGUGAAGUACAGCCUUUCCACAAUACGAUUAUGUCAGAAACAGCUAAACCUACAGAGGGGCAGAAGUCAACAACCACUUCUACUGACAUGACAGCUUCUUCAACAGCUCCUCCAACAGCUCCUCCAACAGCUCCUCCAACGGCUCCUCCAACGGCUCCUGCAACGGCUCCUGCAACAGUUUCUGAAACAUCUUCAGUAACAGCAGCUGUGUUUUCCACCACUUCUUCUGAUAAUUCUACUCAGGCUAACCAGAACCUCAGCAGUCCCUCAGCUUUUACUCCAACCACAAUAUCAACAAACAUAACCUCUGAGGCGUCCCAUGUAUUUGUCCCCGACAGCACUUCUCCUCCUGUCAAAAGAAGUGAGACAUCCACUGUCAGCAUUGAGCUCUCCUCUACAUCUCAGCCUGUUUCUGCCACAAGAAGCCUGAUCUCCACAUCACAGUUUCCUGACACAGCAAUGCCGAACUCUACCACAGAGUCUCCCUCAGUCUCAACAGGUUCUGCCAACUCCACCACCGCUGUCUCCACCAGUGUUGCGGGAAUCUUGAUCCCCCGAGUUCCGAAAAGGUUGCCGAUUCCAACAAACAAAUCAACUCCGGCAAAUACAACAGCUCCUCGAGAAGUGUCAAAGAGUCCACCGGUCACUGAGGUCAAACCCUGCUCCAUCCAUGGCAUGGUGAAGCACUGCCUCAUCGCCAUCGCCUCUCUGGCUGGGUUGGCCACCAUCUUCAUGGUCACUACCAUUGCACUCUGCGCCAAGCUCUCAGCAAGGAAGUACAAGGUCAAGAAACCUCAGCGUGAGACUGAGAUGAUAUGCAUCUCGUCUCUGCUGCCUGACAGGACUUACAACUACUCAAGGCAACGCAACCCAGUCAGUAACGGAGUCCUGGUGAUCCCCCACUGCGGAGACAGCGAUGAGGAUAUAAGCGAUAACCUCACUCUCAGCAGCUUCCUUCCAGAACAUGACCGUUUUACUUAGAUGGACUUAUUAUCAUUAUUAUUAUUAUUAUUAUUGUGCAUACAUGUGUUGAUCAGGCCUCAGAUUUGACUGGUCUGUCAAUGUCAGUGAUGUGAGAACAGUCUCUGUUUGAAUCAACUCAUGUUUCCCUUUUGAUGUUGGUGGUUUGGUUUCGCUGCACGUCCUAUUCGUGUAGAGGAAGAAGCCUAGAAACCACACAAAUACAACAGUUGCUGUUUCAUUUUCACGUACUAUUAACCAUGCGAGCAUUUAGUGAUGUCAGCUUAUCAAAUGUGCAUUUUUGGCGAGAGUCAAGACUUUUUGCAUAUUUUUACACUUGCCAUCCACUGGAGACUUUCAGUCAGGAUGAGGAGGAGGAGAGUGAUCAAAGAUUUUUUUUUUUUUUUUUAAAUAUCCUUAGCUGAGCCCUGAUGGUAUUUCACUUAGCAACGGGAGACAGGAAGGCUUGUUUUGUCAAGGGAUUACUGUUCUUCACUGACACUGUUCAGUUUAUGAGAGCUGUUCUGGUAGCUGUGAGCCGCCAUUGUAUGAACGCACUGUUUGAAUUGAUAGUUACCUUUAUGUCACUCUGUUUGUGUACAGAUGCAGUUGCUGUACUGUGCUUAUUUAUCUUAAACUUAUUUAAAGUUUUGGUAACACUUUAUUUUACAGGUUAAGUCUUAAUCGCUUCCUUUGAAUUAUCUAGGAAGGUUCCUAAAAAGAACUAUUAUAGGCAAAAUACAGACAGUGACUAAUUAAAUCCAAUUAAAUGCUAAGCAGUGUGCACAAGGUCAGCUAAACAUACAAAAAUGUGCAAUUUGUCUACAAGAAAGUGAGGAAUUCAACAUAUAUGAAGAGUACAGUUUCCAUUAAUCUCUUUUUCUUUGGGUUUAAAUUGAGCGUUUUUUUGGUUUUGUUUUGGUUUUUUUUUUUAAGGAACUUCCUCUGGAAAUCCCCUGAACUUUGUUUUUCUGUAAAAUGUGUACCAAACUACAAAGUUCUUCUCAGAAAAGUUUCAAGAGGUGGUUGAAAAAAAUAUGACAGACCUGUAAAGUAAGAUGGAUCAUUGUUCUGAGGAAAUCAGAUAAACCUUAUACUGAAAAUGAUUAAAGAUAAGAAGCUGCAGUGAAAAUCAGGCAACUAGUACAAUUAUAACUAUUUCUUCUAUGUUAAAAGUGGAUUUUUUUGUUAUAUGUCCUUAUGUGUCUCUAUAUUGUACAUAGUCACAAUAAAACAGAGAGCUCUGUAGA